UAGCGCAACCCAUCGGCCGGCCUCGUCUCUGGACACUCUCCCGACCAAAGCUCCCACCUUUUCGAUCCAUUUCCUCGCAAGCUUCCUCCUUUCGAUCAGGGCUUAGAUGGGAGUUUGAUUCCCCGUGGCUUUUUGAUGCGAAGCGGGAGGGGGAUUAUGAUUUGGAGCUGUGAUUUUGAUUGAUUUUUCCUUUUUUUUUUGUUGGUUUUUUGUUGGAUUUUGAUUUGUGAGAGAUGGGGUGUUUUCCAUGCUUGGAAUCGAAGGAGGAAGAGGAUUUUAAUGGCGGGAGCGUCAAGACUGAGAAGAGGGAAGAGCGGCCCAUGGCCCCUCCCAGGAUCGAUAGAGUGGGCACUGUGGAUAGGGUCAAAGCAAGAACACAAGCGGUUGGUCCUUCAGUUAGUUCAAAAAAGGAAUUGGGAAUUCAGAAAGAGAUUGCUGGUGUUAAUAUAUCUGCUCAGACUUUCACUUUCCGGGAACUUGCAGCUGCUACAAAGAACUUUAGACCAGAUUGCUUUUUAGGGGAAGGUGGAUUUGGACGGGUGUAUAAAGGACGUUUAGAGAGCACUGGACAGAUUGUAGCCAUAAAACAACUGGACAGAAAUGGGCUCCAAGGAAAUAGAGAGUUUCUUGUAGAGGUCCUGAUGCUUAGUCUGUUGCAUCACCCUAAUCUUGUUAAUUUGAUCGGUUACUGUGCUGAUGGAGAUCAACGCCUUCUCGUGUAUGAGUUCAUGCCUUUGGGGUCAUUGGAGGAUCAUUUACAUGAUCUUCCUCCUGAGAAGGAAGCACUCGAUUGGAAUACAAGAAUGAAGAUUGCAGCUGGUGCGGCCAAAGGGUUGGAGUACCUCCAUGAUAAAGCAAAUCCACCGGUCAUUUAUAGGGACUUCAAGUCAUCGAACAUAUUACUGGAUGAGGGUUUCCAUCCUAAGUUAUCUGAUUUUGGGCUUGCAAAACUGGGCCCUACUGGUGAUAAGUCCCAUGUCUCGACACGAGUGAUGGGAACUUAUGGAUAUUGUGCUCCGGAGUAUGCUAUGACUGGCCAACUGACUGUUAAGUCCGAUGUCUACAGUUUUGGAGUUGUAUUCUUGGAGCUCAUUACCGGACGGAAGGCCAUUGAUAGCACCAAAGAACAUGGCGAACAGAAUCUUGUUGCAUGGGCGAGGCCCAUGUUCAAUGACAGGAGGAAACUCCCAAAGCUGGCCGAUCCAAAGCUGCAAGGACGAUUUCCUAUGCGUGGGCUCUACCAAGCUCUCGCGAUUGCUUCCAUGUGUAUCCAAGAACAAGCGGCCUCUCGGCCUCUCAUUGCUGACGUUGUGACCGCCUUAUCCUACUUGGCAUCCCAAGGUUAUGACCCCAGUGAUAAAGGAAGAAGCCGCAGCAGUGUGCCGGAUGAAACCAAGGUUGGUCGAAUUGUAGCAAAGGCCGACGAGAGCAGUGGAUCAGGGCGUAGGUUGGAAUUAGACUCGGAAAAAGAAGACUCGCCGAGGGAGAUCAUGAGCAUUUUGAAUAAAGGUUUCGAUCGGGAGCGGGCGGUGGCUGAGGCCAAGUUAUGGGGCGAGAAUUGGCGGGAAAAACAUCGGCAAGGAAAUAAAGAUUCUGCAAAUGCAAAUGGAUAGAACUAUCUCUUACUUACCCAAAAAAAAAAGAAAAUAAAAUGCAGAUGGAUAGAGUAUAAUGCAAGCACUUGCUCUGCUUUUUUAUUAAAUUGUCUUAUGAGAAGUGUUUGUUUACUGAAAAAAAAGGGCGAGGUUUUUAACAUGUUAGCUUUCUUGAGUGUAUGUAAUAUUCAGAGGCAGGAAGAAGGCAUGUGAUGUGGCAACUGAGAAACUCUUUUCUGCUGGUUGCUUAUUGUGGUGUUAUGAAAAUUCUUAGAAAUUUUGUGGUUUGUUUUGAAAAGCAAUAAGCAAAGCAUGUCUUUUGAAUUUCACUUGGCAUGAUUGUUUAA